CAAAUUGUCAAAAAUUUAACAGAUCCUAUAAUGAACAAAUUCUCCACAUUUCUGAUUACCAAAAUCUUUGAAGUUCAAAAUAUAGAAAACACAAAUAUCAAACUAUGGACAUAAAAAUGCAAACUCACAAAAAACAAAGGUGAAAAGAAAACCUACAGGGUUUUGAAAUAUAUGCCACUACUAUCCAAAAUUUUCUCACUGGAAUGAGCUCAAAUGAUAAACAGAUUUCUGGUUCUCGUUUGAGUGCUCUGCAGGGAAUGGAUUUGGGGAAUUGCUUGAGCACCAGUUAAUUCUUCUGCAAGAUCAAUCUGUUUUCUUCGAUUCAUGAAGGGGCCUUUCUGCACUCCGUACAGAAAAUGCCUUCUCACCCCCAGAAAUACACCUCAAAAGCUGUUUAGAGCACACAUCUUGUGCUUGUGUAACGUUCUUCAUCCGGUUGGCUCUCACCCAAGCAGGUUCCUGUCAAGAAACAUAUGUCCAUAGUUCUCAAAUCGGACAGAUUCAGCUCUAAACUGGGUCAUAUUUAAACCACUGAAAAAAUGAAUGGAUGUGAACCAAUUAGUGACCUUUAUAUCAGGCUAGAGUAAGAGAUGAUCACCUCAGGAACAAAGCGGGAAAACCCAAAUUUUAUUAGCAGCAGGACAUGUUCCAUGAUAAGAAUUGCAGCAAGACCAGGCUCGAUUUUCCAUUUCCCUUCCUGGUCGUAUAACCACACUAGAAGUGCAGAGUUGGUGCAUAUUGCCAUCAUUAUGAGGAACUGAUAUUCUUGUCAUACAUGCAUCAGUGAAGAUAAUGAUAAAGAGUUGAAUAUCAAAAAAAUAAACAUGGAUGAGCAGUUGCUUAUAUUCCAGUUAUUAACAAGAACCACUUCAUGGAUAAUAUAAAUUUAAGAAAGCAGCAAUGAUUUUUCCAGUUUGUGGAGAAGGAAGCAUUGGAAGGUUCCUACCCCAUUCUUUCUUCAUGAUUCCUCAUGAGGAGAGCUUUUCACCUAAGUUUUUUAUGUUUUUUUGACAUUAUUGUUAUUAUUAAUUAUCAAAAUCCCAAUUCUCCUGUUGUGGCUGCAAUUGAGUCCCAGGCUUUGCAGCUACUCAUGAAUCCAGGGCCUGUAUAAUAGGCCAUUGCUUUUCUAGCCCUAAGAACAAAGUUUCAGAUAUUUAGUAAGAACAUUUUGCAAUUUCAGUACGUCCAAUCAUUAUCUGUUCCAUUAGUUUGGUUUAGCAGUGGCCAUAAUAAUUACUAAAUACAUAUGCAAGGCUCAU